CUUAUUAAAUAGAUGCGGUUCUGAAAACUACAAUUCUUAGAAUUAUGUUCUGAAUGUUUCACUUCAAGCAACAUCUGAAUGCUUGCACGCUACGUGCCGCAACAUGCUGUCCUGUGCAUGUGAACAGUUGCAGAUUGGGAUCGAACUUUAUAAACUCCAAAACUGCAGCUCAACUGUGGCAGAGUGUGACUCCUCAUGACCAGAAACCACACACGGGUGGAAAGCGGUUAAUUAGACGAGCAGUAAAGGACUUAAACUUCGGCAGGCCAGUGGGCACGGGCAAAUUGGGCAUCCAAUGGCCGGGACUGAAUGCCCCUGUGAAGAUUGCCCACUACAAUGAGAAGAUGCAAAAGGCAUACGAAGGAGGCUCAGACGAAGUUCCCCUUCCUGGUUCGCAUGGCCUGACCAAGUCCUGGAUGCAAUCCGAAAGUGCUGCACGCAAGCUUGUCUUCUCGAAACGAGCUAUAAAUGCAGACGAAUUAUCUGAAACUUCAAGGUCCGAUCAAUCACCACCAAGAAACAGAAAUGAUGCUGGAGAUCAAAAAGGCUACCGAGGUUUCGUGAAAACUGGAGCUGGUCGAAAUUCAAGAGAGUUUUCAACGUUAUGCAGUUCUAAAAGGGACAUUGACUUUGUUAACAUCGUGAAUGUAAUAUACUCGAAGCGAGAGUUUUCAACAUUAUGCAGCUCGAGCGGGAACCUGAACUUAAUUAAUGAUGUGAACAUAACUGAUUUGAGGAGUUUUUCAAGUCAAGGGGGUUCAAAUACCGGAGUUAGUGGAGGUGGCGUUCGUUCGCCAGCUAGUCGCUUCAAUACAGUUCGUAUUGAUCAAGCUUUAGGAUCUAUUAAAACCAUGAGAGAAAAGCAAGCGGAAAAAUUCGACGCUGCUGAAAAACGAAUUAAAAAGAGAAGUUAUAAUGCGCCUUUGAGUAUUAGAGGCUGGACCUCGAAAUCUCUUGGAGGAUUGUCAGUUGGAGCUCCUUCGCCAAAGGGUGUCGUGGAUUAUGAAGGUUUCCAGACGAAGAUCUUGGAGGUCAAAAGAGUCUGUACGAUGAAAGGGAGGUUUGGAAGAGUGUACAAGAAAUGGGUUCUUGUUGCGUGUGGAAAUCAAAAUGGUCUGAUUGGAUAUGCGUUUGCAAGAGCCGAUCAACUGACACAAGCGGUGCGUAUUGCGAAGAACAAUGCAUCCAAGAAGUUGAUCUUCGUAGAGAGACACAACAAUAAUACAAUAUACACUGACUCAACAGUUGAUAUGGACAGGACCACUGUUCAUAUGAGGAGAGUGAUGCCAGGACAUGGACUCAGGUGUUCGCGUGUGAUCCGUGAGAUUUGCCUGCUAGCCGGCAUCUCCGAUCUGAGAGCCAAGAUAGAGGGACCAAAUAACACCCUGAAAGUAGUCAUGGCAACAUUCGAGAUACUAGCCAACCAGAAGCCCUAUCAGGAACAGGCGGAUGAGAAGAAACUUAAUGUUGUCAAGUUUAGAGAAGACGCGCCUUUUUAUCCCAUUCUUCUGGCCUCACCUCAAGACGGACAAACGAGACCAGGUAGCAACUUACCAGCAGAGGGUGAACUGACUUAUGACGAAUUAGAUCAAACGAUCUACGCAUUCGAACACAGACUAGACAAAAAAGAAAAAGUGAAGAGGUUCUACGGAAUCGAACCCUCUUUCUCGCCUUUCCGAAGACCAGGAAAGUUGUAUGUGCCUGAGCUUAGAAAGGCAAGCAGAACUAUUCUGGACAAACUGUAAUGAACUUAUUUGUGAUUUGUGAAUUCAUGUCUGUUUAAAAUACCUUUUUCCUCAAAA